AUGCCUUUAUAGAGGCGAUGGGCGUGCUGGACGCAGAUGGCGCUGUUGAGCAUAUAUUUUGUUUCAGUCCCGUUUCCCUCCAUGGUUUCUCCUCUCUCCGACUAACUUAGCGUUUGGCUCAGUUCAUUAUACAGUCCUAUAUUCUCCCUCCAUUAGGGCAUCUCUGCCUUUGGACUGAAGAUCCCAACAAAACCCAAGAGAGAAAAGUUUUACUUUCAUAGGGCAAGAUGGACAUGAGCAAGAGGAUCCACUUGGAGCUAAGAAACAGGACACCGUCUGAUGUACGAGAACUCGUCCUUGACAAUUGUCGAUCAGCUGAAGGAAAAAUCGAAGGCCUCACAGCUGAGUUUGUCAACCUGGAGUUCCUCAGUUUGAUAAAUGUUUGCUUAAUGUCAGUUUCCAACCUGCCUAAACUAGGAAAACUCAAAAAGCUGGAGUUGAGUGACAACAGAAUCAGCGGAGGCCUUGAUGUUUUAGCAGAGAAACUCCCCAACCUCACACAUCUAAACCUGAGUGGCAACAAAUUGAAAGACAUCAGCACAUUGGAACCGUUGAAAAAGCUGGAUAACCUGAAGAGUUUGGACCUGUUCAACUGUGAAGUGACAAACCUGAAUGACUACAGAGAGAGCGUGUUCAAGCUGCUGCCACAGCUCACCUACCUGGAUGGCUACGACAUGGAGGACAGGGAAGCCUCAGACUCUGACGGAGAGGUGGAUGGAGACGGCGUAGAUGACGAUGAAGAUGAAGAGGGAGAGGAGGAGGAAGAUGAGGACGGAGAGGAGGAGGACUUUGACGAGGAGGAGGAGGAUGAGGAAGACGAAGAGGAGGUAGAAGGAGAAGAGGAUGACGAUGAGGUCAGCGGGGAAGAUGAGGAGGAAGACUUUGGUCAGGAUGGGGAAGUGGAUGAAGAGGAUGAUGACGACGAAGACGAUGAAGACGAAGCAGAAGCUCGCAAAGGCGAGAAGAGAAAGCGAGACCCAGAGGAUGAGGACGACGAUGAUGACGACGAAGACGACGAUUAAGAGCAAAACUGAAAAACGAGAGCCUACCGAGUUACCCUUCCUCCCCCACAAACCCGAACGUCCGCCCUCCUACAACUCACACCGCCUUUGUAAUCCACGUCUACCCCCCCAGCUCUGAGCUCUUUUUAAGGGGCAAGACUGUA